GCCUGGGAAGAGGUCCGAUGUCUCUAGGGUGGCUAGAGCGUCCUCCCGCGCUCCGUCGCGCUGCAGGUGACGGCGCCCGGAGGCUGUCGGGAAGUAGGCGGGGUGACGUGUGGUUGACGAGCUCGGCGGCGGUUUUGCUGAGAUCUGUGGCCGGCGGCAGCUGGUGCGGGGGGCAGCCGAGAGCGAGAGGUGGAUCGGGGCGGUGUGUGGCCGGGGCCAUGACGGGCAAUGCCGGGGAGUGGUGCCUCAUGGAAAGCGACCCCGGGGUCUUCACCGAGCUCAUUAAAGGAUUCGGUUGCCGAGGAGCCCAAGUAGAAGAAAUAUGGAGUUUAGAGCCUGAGAAUUUUGAAAAAUUAAAGCCAGUUCAUGGGUUAAUUUUUCUUUUCAAGUGGCAGCCAGGAGAAGAACCAGCAGGAUCUGUGGUUCAGGACUCCCGACUUGACACGAUAUUUUUUGCUAAGCAGGUAAUUAAUAAUGCUUGUGCUACUCAAGCCAUAGUGAGUGUGUUACUGAACUGUACCCACCAGGAUGUCCAUUUAGGCGAGACAUUAUCAGAGUUUAAAGAAUUUUCACAAAGUUUUGAUGCAGCUAUGAAAGGCUUGGCACUGAGCAAUUCAGAUGUUAUUCGACAAGUACACAACAGUUUCGCCAGACAGCAAAUGUUUGAAUUUGAUACGAAGACAUCAGCAAAAGAAGAAGAUGCUUUUCACUUUGUCAGUUAUGUUCCUGUUAACGGGAGACUGUAUGAAUUAGAUGGAUUAAGAGAAGGACCGAUUGAUUUAGGUGCAUGCAAUCAAGAUGAUUGGAUCAGUGCAGUAAGGCCUGUCAUAGAAAAAAGGAUACAAAAAGACGGGUUUUCACCAUGUUGCCCAGGCUGGUCUCAGACUCCUGAGCUCAAGCCAUCCGCCUGCCUCGACCUCCCAAAGUGGUACAGUGAAGGUGAAAUUCGAUUUAAUUUAAUGGCCAUUGUGUCUGACAGAAAAAUGAUAUAUGAACAGAAGAUAGCAGAGUUACAAAGACAACUUGCAGAGGAGGAACCCAUGGAUACAGAUCAAGGUAAUAGUAUGUUAAGUGCUAUUCAGUCAGAAGUUGCCAAAAAUCAGAUGCUUAUUGAAGAAGAAGUACAGAAAUUAAAAAGAUACAAGAUUGAGAAUAUCAGAAGGAAGCAUAAUUAUCUGCCUUUCAUUAUGGAAUUGUUAAAGACUUUAGCAGAACACCAGCAGUUAAUACCACUAGUAGAAAAGUUUGAGAAACACUUUGAGAAGACACUACUAGGCAAAUAAAAUUUUGGACCAUUAACUUAAAGACGAGAAUACGUGGCAAAAGAAAAACAGAACGCAAAGAAAGCUCAGGAAACCAAAUGAAGAGGAUGUUUUCAGAUGUGUACACAUUUCUGCUUCUGCACAUAUUUUCAUGGAAAUCAUUAUGUAUAAAGAACUUAGAGCAACAUCCUAAUUGGCUCAGUGCACGUUUGGCAGUAGUGCCAACCUGUCUUGUCUUUAAUGCAUGGAUUCAUAAACUUCUUCCCUACCUGCAUCAUGUGCAUGUAGUGCAUAUUAAAGUGAUAUUAAGAGUGCUUGCCCAAAUUCCAUUAUUUGACAUUGAAUCUGAGAACCGUUAGUUUUCUGGAUGUGUAACUACCAUAUGAAGCUAGAAAAUGUACAAAUGAUAUUCAUUAUCUGUAAUUUAAAUACUUAAAAUUUGCAGUUGUCAGAUCUUGAUUAAACUGGAUGUCUUAUUCUCAUCAUUAAUGGAAAAAAAAUCAGUAUUUCUAUCUUUGAUAUCUAAGUGUUUUGAGGAUUUUAAAACUGAAUUUUAUCUGCUAUACCAGUUAUUUGAGAAAGGAUGAUUUUAGUGUAAAUCAUUUAAAAAGGACAAAAUAUAGUUUCCAGUGAUUUUCACUGCUGUCAGUAGAAAAGUAAUAAACAUCUCAAUUUUAUUUUAGUAAAUUUUCUUCAAGUGUUUGGGGUUAUUUGUUUAUGUAUUAGAGAAUUAUUUCGGAAGUUCUGAGUAUUAUGCUUCAAAGCAAAAUUUCAGAUUAAGAAGAAAUUGUAAAUCUUAAAGAAUGUUGGUGUUACUCUCAAUGGAAUAUUGUUUCAAGCUCGUAAGCUGUAUAUAAAAAAACCGGAGGUUUGACAGUUUAUUUUAAAAAAAUGGUAGUGGUGAUGGGGGAUCUUUCUAUGCCAAUUUGAAUAAAUUUCAUACAGCCUGCAGUUUCCAAGAGCCAUAUACAAUUUGCUCACAAUUGAUUUUUUAAAAUUGAUUUGGGAGUUGCUUUGUAAUAAUCUUCUGCUUCUAAUCUUCCUUUGCAAGUCAGACUUUAAAGAAGACUUUAUAAAGCUUUCUUUUUUAAAGGAAGUAAUCUACUUUUUUCUUUAUCAAGAAUAUUUUUGAGGUUGAUACAUGAGUUUUUAACAUUUUAUUAUUUAUUGUAAAAUCAAUUUAGCAUAAUUUAUUUUACUAGGGAGAAUGUGUACCCAUCUUCCAGCUUCAGCACAUGAAUUUUUAAGGAUUGUUUUUAAGCUUAGUAAUUGUGGUAUUAAAUGACUUGGAGCUAAUGGAGAAAAACCUGAUAGGAAAUUGAUAGAAAAAUGAAUGAAAUAUUUUUUAUACAUAAUUUCAGUUGGAGGUAAUGAAAAAUAUGUAGUCUCAGUUAUUUGUGGGUAAAUAUGUUUUGCUGUUGAUACAGUAAUAAUUAUGGAGUGUUUUCAAAGCCAUGAUAUAAUUUUUAAAAAUAGAUUUUUAAGGAGGGCUCAUCUUGAUCUCAUUGGUUUAUUUCAGCUUAAUUUAGAUAUUCUUUCCUAUUGAGGCUUAAAUUUUGUUAAGCAAUUUGAGGAUUAUUGUGGUAAGUUGUAUUUAAUAAUCAAUACAGUGUGAUACUGGCACUAGGAUUGACAAAUAAAUCAAUGGAACAGAAGAGAGAGCCUGAAAACAGAUCAACGUUUAUAUGAUCACUUUAUUUCGACAAAGGUGGCAAAACAAUUCAACAGAGAAAGAAAGUCUUUUCAACAAAUGGAGCCAGAAUAGAAUAGCUGAAUAUCCAUAUAGAAAAAAGUGAACAAUGACCCCCUACCUCACAAAAAUGACUUUGAGAUGAAUCAUAGACCUAAAUGUAAUAUUUUAAAAGUAUGAAGCUUUUUAACUGAAAACAUAGAUGAUAUUUUUGUGACUUGGGGGGUUAGCCAAAGGUUUCGUAGGUCACAGAAAGCAGUAACCAUAAAAGAUCCAAAAUUAGAGCUCAUCAAAAUUGUCAUUGAAAAUGUUAACAAAAGUAAUAUCAAAUGACAUUUGAAAAAUAUCUUUGUAAAAUGACAAUAUUAAUAGGUAUAAGGAUUUUUUCUUAUUAAUCUAAUAAAAUUCCUUAAUAGGAAUUUCCGUAGCUUAAGAGUGGUUUAUUUUAUCUGCAUCUUCUUUGAUGAUUGCAAAUCCCUUGUGAUACUUCAUGAUUACUUCUGUCUGUGAAUAAAGAAGUGUGACUUGU